CCCCGGAAGAGGAAGCGAGCGAAAGCCUGUUGUGCGCUCGUGCUAGCAGCGGCGUUGUUACGUAGGAAAAACGCAUUAUCUAAUAGAUUAAGGAGAAAUAUUUUGAUACGAAAUCUGAAUAUUGAACCGAUGCGCACAAAGUUAGAGUGAUAAAGCAGAGUUCAGUCAGCUCUGAAUAUUUGUAGAGGGAACAGCGAGAGCUGAAAGAAAAACGUCGCCAUGGCGGACGUCACUGCUCGUAACCUGCAAUAUGAGUACAAAGCGAACUCAAACUUGGUGCUGCAAGCUGAUCGCUCGCUGAUCGACCGCACACGGAGAGAUGAGCCCACCGGUGAGGUGCUGUCCUUGGUGGGGAAGCUGGAGGGGACCAAGAUGGGGGACAAGGCUCAGAGGACCAAACCACAGAAGUUGGAGGAGAGACGAGACAAGAGAAGAAAAAGAGAUGAGGACAGACACGACAUCAACAAAAUGAAAGGCUUUACCCUCCUGUCUGAGGGUAUUGAUGAAAUGGUGGGCAUUGUGUACAAGCCCAAAACCAAAGAAACCAGAGAGACUUAUGAGGUGUUGCUGAGCUUCAUCCACGCGGCUUUGGGAGAUCAGCCUCGGGAUAUUUUGUGUGGAGCAGCUGAUGAAGUGUUAGCGGUGCUGAAGAACGACAAAAUGAGGGAUAAAGAGAGGCGGCGGGAAGUCGAGCAGCUUCUGGGGCCAUCUGAUGACACGCGUUAUCAUGUGCUGGUCAACCUGGGAAAGAAGAUCACAGACUAUGGGGGAGACAAGGAGUUGCAGAAUAUGGAUGACAACAUUGAUGAAACAUAUGGUGUCAACGUACAGUUUGAAUCUGAUGAGGAGGAAGGAGAUGAGGACCAGUUUGGUGAAGUACGAGAUGAACACUCAGAUGAAGACAGUGAAGGGGAAGAGGCAGUGGUGACCACCAGGCUAACAGCAAACCUUGGUGAGGCAGGUGACGUGAUGUCAGAGAAGAAGAAACAGUUACAUCCUCGGGACAUUGAUGCCUUCUGGCUCCAACGCCAGCUCAGUCGGUUCUAUGAUGAUGCCAUCGUCUCUCAGAAGAAGGCAGACGAAGUCUUAGAAAUCCUCAAGACUGCGAGUGAUGACAGAGAAUGCGAGAACCAGCUGGUGCUGCUGUUGGGCUUCAACACCUUUGAUUUUAUCAAAGUCCUCCGUCAGCAUCGUCGCAUGAUUCAGUAUUGCACCAUGCUGGCCAGCGCUCAGAGUGAAGCGGAAAAAGAGCGGAUCAUUGGGAAGAUGGAGUCAGAUCAGGAACUAUCAAAGAUUCUCUACCAGCUGCAGGAGACUGAGAAGGAAGACAUCAUCAGAGAAGAACGAUCUCGCAGGGAGAGGGUGAGGAAGUCGCGGGUCGAUGAUUUGGAAGCAAUGGACAUAGACCAUGGAGAGUCUCUAAUGCCUCGCCAGCUUCUGGACCUUGAAGACUUGGCUUUUACUCAGGGUAGCCACUUCAUGGCCAACAAACGAUGCCAGCUGCCUGACGGCUCUUUCCGUAAGCAGCGUAAAGGUUACGAAGAGGUCCACGUGCCCGCUCUCAAGCCCAAACCCUUCGCAGACGACGAGGUUCUUGUCGCCAUUGACAAGCUGCCAAAGUACGCCCAGGCUGGAUUUGAAGGCUUCAAAACUCUAAAUCGCAUUCAGAGCAAGCUGUUCAAGACCACCAUGGAGACAGAUGAAAACCUGCUUGUUUGUGCUCCUACGGGAGCUGGUAAAACCAACGUCGCCUUGAUGGCAAUGCUGAGAGAAAUCGGAAAGCACAUAAACAUGGACGGAACAAUCAACGUGGAUGAUUUUAAAAUCAUCUACAUCGCUCCCAUGCGCUCACUGGUACAGGAGAUGGUGGGCAGUUUUGGCAAGCGUUUGGCGAGUUACGGCAUCGUUGUGUCCGAGCUGACGGGAGACCACCAGCUUUGCAAAGAGGAGAUCAACGCCACUCAGAUCAUCGUCUGCACCCCAGAGAAAUGGGACAUCAUCACUCGGAAAGGUGGCGAGCGUACAUACACCCAGCUAGUGCGCCUCAUUAUCAUUGAUGAAAUCCACUUGCUGCACGAUGACCGUGGACCCGUUCUGGAGUCCCUGGUGGCGAGGACCAUCCGCAACGUGGAGCUGACUCAGGAGGACGUGCGUCUGAUCGGCCUCAGUGCCACGCUGCCCAACUAUGAAGACGUGGCUACCUGCCUGCGCGUUGAUCCUGCAAAGGGACUGUUUUACUUUGACAACAGUUUCCGGCCUGUGCCCCUGGAGCAGACGUACGUUGGUAUCACAGAGAAGAAGGCCAUCAAGCGUUUCCAGAUCAUGAAUGAGAUCGUCUAUGAAAAGAUCAUGGAGCAUGCUGGAAAGAACCAGGUGAGUCCCACAGCUGCUGUUAGCAACAUUUAUUAAAUGCAACAACUUGGG